CCAGGAUUUUCGUCCCUGCCUGUAGCGCGGCUGGACGUGAAAAACUUGCCAGUCCCUCGGACUCCUCUGGAUCUGAGGAGUUUAGACAUCGUGUUUUGAUCAGGUAAAUUGUCCUCCGUAAUACUAAUUCCUCGACCCGGGCAGAAGAACAUUUACGCCUACUUUUUCCCUUGGCUUUCUAGUUCUAACCCCCGCCCCCAUCAGAGGGCCAGAAUCCGAUUUGUCUCUUCCCCUUCGCUCCGUUUUUCUCUCCCAGCCCGAUUUCACUUCUGCCGCAGCUACCAGUUGGAGGACCGAGGCCCCGCUCGCUCGCUCGCUUCCCUCGCUUGCACACUCCGUUGUCUAUUUGGCUCUCUCCAAUUCUGGAAUGUUGUCAUUCUUCCAAAUCUCUCUGCAGGUUGCUCGUGCUGUCAGUGAAUGUUUCACCUACUUCUGGGUGUGAAAUCCUCACAUUUCGGGUGUGAUUCCUCACAUGUCUAGACGUACAUCCAGAGUGUCCUCUUCCAACUAAAGGCUUGUUCUUCCCAUCUGUUGCUGAAGUCUAUUGUGAGAACGGAGCUUCCCAUUCUGUGCUGGCAAUUGCCUCGGCUCAGUACAUAACUACAGCUCGAAUCCUCGGAUUCCUCCUCUUAGCCUCCGCUCUCCUCUCUCCUCUUCACGCGGACCGGAACUCCUUCAACGCUAGAAUUUGUUCAGAACUGGGUUGACAAAACUCGAGACGAAGUCGCAACGAGGAAAGUGGCCUCACGGGCACCGAUGCGAUGCUUCGAUGAGGGCGCAUUGAUUACGUGAAGAUUCACCUUGCCGGUUACACAGGUGCAAAAGUAGAAUCUGAACUUCGUUCUGUUUCAGUGCAUAACUUCCCGCAUGAGGGCUAUGAUAAUCGCAAGGACGUGGGGGACUCGAUGAUUAUAGGCUAGAUGGCCGCAAAUUUUCAAGCAGGAAUUUUGGGACAUCAUGGAAGUUGAUCGGUUUUGUAAAUAUCUAGGAAGACGGCGAAAUGGGAUUGUGUUUAGGCAAAUGUGCUCAUUUAUCCCCCCAGGAGAGACAAUUAUGGGCCUGCUGCGGUAGAAAGAUUAUUGAGGGCUUACGAGAUGCCGAAACUGCCCAGCUUCUGGUCUUUAACGCUACUGAAAGUGGCCGCGCUUUCAAGAAUGAUCCCAAGACAGAGGAAGAAGUUUUCGGUUACAAUAUUGGCUCUCAGAAAGAUACUGCUUCCGCCAAGUGCGAUGGCAGAGUUGAGGCAGAUAUAUGUGUGGAUCCCGACAGGGUCUUCGAUGAGCAUAUCUUGACAGAGAGUGGUGAAAAAUCGACUUUCCUUCAGUCACAAUCUUCAGAUCUCAGCGUGUACAUUGUGACAUGGAACAUGAAUGGCAAGGCGCUUGUAGAUAACAUUGCCGAGCUUCUUGAAGCUCAUGGAGAUCAUCACGACUUGUACAUUGUCGGGCUCCAGGAAGCGCAUCAUUCAAUUGCUGAGUCCCUUGUUAAGGAGGCUUUAGGAGAAAAAUACAGUCUUGUAGCGGCCGCGGUCAUGCUGUCCCUCCAAUUAUUUGUUAUCGCCAGAAAAACCAUCUUACCAUUCAUUUCAAAACCGAUGGUGGAUAAAAUCAGUGUCGGCGGACUUGGCGGAGUCGUGGGUCGUCAAAAAGGAGCAGUGGCCGUUGCUUUUCGAUUCAAGGGUGUUUCUCUGUUGUUCAUCGCUUGUCAUCUUGCUCCUCACGAAUCGAAUGUUGGGGAGCGCAACGCUCAAUUUCACCGUAUAUAUCAAAACGUCUUUUCCAAACAGCACGGAGGUGGACUCUGUUCGGGUUGUUCGUGCGUCCGAAAUGCAGCCGCGGUCGCCGAUGAACCUGGUCCCUGCAUGGAUCACGCAUUUCGGUCCAACUUCAUCGAGCAAGCCGAUAUGAUCGUUUGGCUGGGCGAUUUGAAUUACAGAGUCGAGAUGAGCAGAAAUUCCGUUAGCUUUUUGAUUAGUCACAAACUCGAAGAGGUCCUGUGGUCAAAAGAUCAACUAUCGAGGGCUCUGAAGAAGGGCCAAGCCUUCAACGGCUUCAUAGAAGGGCCGCUGUCAUUUAAACCGACAUACAAGUUCGACGUGGGAACGGACAACUACGACUCGAGCCAUAAGGAACGAGUUCCUUCGUGGACCGACAGGAUAUUGUACAAAGUUGGAUCAUCAAGCGAUUUGAAGGUGAACAUGAGGGGCUACAAUUCCAUCAAUUCCAUCAAGACCUCUGAUCAUCGGCCCGUGAAAGCCCUAUUGACUUUGAGUAAUAUAAAAGAAAAUAUAGCCCAAUAGUUAAAAGCAUACCUUUGUUUGGUCUUCCUCCAAACAGAACAAGGUCUGCAAUUCUUUAUAGCAUACAAAUUCAAUAAAAUGGAGUAAAGUCCUCCUUCGG